AUGGACAGUAAGCUAGUGAGGAGGUUUUCCUUCAGUCCGAGUAAGAAGGCGCCUCCGAGUCCAAGUAGCAGUACCUCCAAGCGGAGAGUCAACUAUGCGGGUUCCAAGCUGCCUCUGCCGGGAUUCGCAUCUCCCAUAGUGCCGGAAGAUGAGGCCACGCCAUCAGGCACCUCUCACGAAUCAGCGAGUCGCCACACAACUGGCACUCCGAACCUCCUGUCAGCGUUUAGGCCGUCUCGGCAACCGACGAGCCACGCACCAUCACCCGCUCCGCCUCUCGGUAGUCAGUCAGGCCUUAAGCCGAUAAUGGCCCGCGCUUCGAGUCCGAGUCCUAGCAGCAAUACGGUUCGUGGGAGUGCCAUCUCAGGGCCACGUGUUCACGCGCAGCCCCAGCCGCGACAGGUGUCGUUCGCGCCGUCCACCCAGCACCACCCGAUGCUGGUGCCGGAGAUGGCGGUGGUACCCAACCCUCUGGAGAACGAGAACGUUCUAGUCACCGUUCGCUUCCGGCCGCUCAGCUUGAGGGAGAUUCAGCGGGGAGAGGACGUGGGGUGGUACGCCGACGGCGACAAGAUAGUUCGCAUGGAGUCGAACCCCUCCAUCGCCUAUGCUUACGACAAGGUGUUUGGGCCCGCUACAACGACGCGGGGGGUGUAUGACGUGGCAGCGCAACCCGUCGUAGCUGCUGCGAUGGAAGGAAUUAACGGGACGGUCUUCGCGUACGGAGUCACGAGCAGCGGGAAGACACACAGCAUGCACGGCGAUCAGAAGUCCCCGGGUGUCAUUCCGCUGGCCGUGAAAGAAGUGUUCAGCAUUAUCCAGGAUACGCCCGGUCGCGAGUUUCUACUGCGCGUGUCGUACCUCGAAAUCUACAAUGAGGUGAUCAACGACCUGCUCAACCCCGCCGGGCAGAACCUGCGCAUCCGCGAAGAUGGCCAGCACGGCACGUUCGUGGAGAACGUGAAGGAGGAGGUGGUGCUCUCCGCCGCGCACGCCCUCUCCCUCAUCGCCGCUGGCGAAGAGCACCGGCAUGUGGGCGCCACGCACUUCAACACGGCCAGCAGUCGCAGCCACACCAUCUUCACUCUCACCGUGGAGAGCAGCGGGCGGGACUUGGAUGGGUACGAGGAGGUCACCUACUCGCAGCUGAACCUGAUCGACCUGGCGGGGUCGGAGAACAGCCGAGCCACAGCGGGCAACAACAUGCGGCGCAGGGAGGGCACGUUCAUCAACAAGAGCCUGCUCACACUCGGCACGGUGAUAUCGAAGCUGAGUGAGCGCAAGCAGUCACACGUGCCGUAUCGGGACUCCAAGCUCACGCGUCUGCUGCAGACGUCACUGAGUGGCAAUGCGCGCAUCUCACUCAUCUGCACCGUCACUCCCGCCUCGGGCACGUUGGAGGAGACCCACAACACGCUCAAGUUCGCCUCGCGCGCCAAGCACGUUGAGAUCCGCGCCAACGCCAACAAGAUACUGGACGAGAAGUCGCUGAUAAAGAAGUAUCAGAAGGAGAUCAUGGCGCUCAAGGACGAGCUCACGCGCCUGAAGCAGGGCAUGUCACACGGCCCCCCCGCGCUGCCCUGGGGCGCCGCGCCUGGCAGCGGCAACAGUGGCGGCAGCGGGGGAGGCGACAUGGGCGGGCAGGACCUGGCAGUGCUGCGAGAGAAGUUGGAGGCGGAUCAGAUGCUGCUGCAGUCGCGCCUGGAGGAGGAGGAGGAGGCGAAGGCGGCGCUGUUGACGCGCAUACAGCGCCUCACCAAGCUCAUCCUCGUCUCCUCCAAGGCCUCCUCCGCCUCCAAGCCCGCCCCCCCUCAGCACGCCCCCCCCACCGGCCGCCUGCGCCGCCGCCUCUCCUUCGGCGAGGAGGACCUGGCGUACCUGAAGCAGAGGCGCAUGGACCUGGGCUUCGACCUGCUGGACGACGCCAUGGGCGCGGGGGGCGCGGGGGCGGGCGCGGGGGACGACCUGCAGCGCCUGGGGGGCACGGUGGGCGCAGCAGGGUCGCGGUCUGUGAGCGUGUACAGCGGCGGCAGUGGCAGUGGCGCUGCCUCGCCCAGAGGGGCAGGCGCAGGGAGAGAGGGGGGCGGCGCAGGGGACGACGAUGGGGACCCCAUGAUCCUCAAAUGGCUGCGUUCCAAGAAGGACGGGGCAGGCAGCAAGGACGGAGACGGCGAGGGGGCUCUGCACACGUCGCUGUCAGGCAGUGAGAACGUGGACCCAAUCCUCACUGCCCGCGGCACGGAUGGUGGUAUGGAGGCGGGCAGAGCAGGCAGCGACAGUGGGCAAUGGCUGACAAGGGUCAGCAGUGGCACGGACAGCUCAGAGGAGCACGCAGGGGGGACGGGGGCGGGGCCGGGGGCGCCCAGGAUGAUGCGCGCAAGUGGCACGACGCUCAUGGACCAGUGCGAACUGCUGAGGGAACAGGUGAAGAUCCUGUCAGCAGAGGUGGGCUUCCACACGUCCAACCUGAGGCGCCUUAUCGACAAGGGCGAGAACACACCGCAGGAGCAGCAGGAAAUCGAGAGGCUGCGAGUGGAGCUAGCAGGCAAGCAGCAGCAGCUGCGCGAGAUGGAGGAGCUCGUGCGACUGAGGCAGGGCAGCCAGCCGUCCCCUGCUGCCAGCGCCGUGGGGCCCACUGAUGGCCUGGGCGUGGGCGCAGAGGCAGACACGGCCACAAAGGAACAGAUGGCCAAGACCAUAGCGAAGCUCAAGGCAGUGCUGAGUGAGAAGACGUUUGACAUGGAGAUCGUGAGUGCAGACAACCGCAUUCUGCAGGACUCGCUCAAGGCCAAGACGAAGCAGGUGCAGCAGCUGAUGGAGGAGGCCAACAUGCUGCGCGUAGAGCUCACCCGCGCCAUCACCUCUCGCCACGGCGCCACCCGCGGCCAGGGGGAGGCCAACGGGGAGGCUGACGGGCAGGCUGACGCAGCAGGGCAAGGGGAGGGCGAGGGUGGCACGGGGGCAGGGUCAGGGGGCGGUGAGGCGGGAGGGAGUGGCGGUGAGGGCAUGGUGGUGGUGCGGGCGGGAGAGCUGGAGGAGCUGCGGUCGCAGGUGAGGCUGGCGAGGCAAGAGGCGGACAUGCUGCGGCAGCAGCAGCACCAGCUCACCAAGGACCUCGCACAGGCGCGCUCCCUCGCACUCACCGCCUCCUGCUCUGCACCUGCCGGUGCUGCUGCUGGUAGCGGUGCUGAUGGGUCAGGUGCUGCAGCAGGGGCGCCAUCACUGGCGUCGUUUUUGGACGGGGCGUAUAUGAAUGGGCCGGAUGGGCGGCCUGAUGUGAGCGUGCUGCUGCAGCAGGUAGAGGCGGCGAGGGCGAGGGAGGCGCAGUGGCAGGAGCAGCGGCAGCAGCACCAGUUCGUGGAGGCUGAGCUGGCAGCUGCUCGUGCUGAGCUGGCAGCGUAUCGAACUGCUGCUGCUGCAGAGGCAGGAGGAGUGGAGAGUGGGGAAGGUGGGGGGGGUGGAGAAAGCGAAGGUGACGGCACAGGGGAGGGCGCAGGGGAGGGCAUGAGGAAGCAGGGGGUGGUGGGAGCGGUGGCGGCGGUGGCGGCGCGGCUAGAGGCGGAGAAGGAUGCAAUGCUUGCGGCACGGCAGAGGGAGGUGGGCGAGCUGCAGCAGAGCCUGGCAGCAGCACAGCAGAGGGAGGCGGCUUUAGAGAGGGACUUAAGCACCAUGUGGGUGCUCGUGGCUGAGCUCAGACACAUGGGCGGGGGCAGCCGCUCCUCGUCUGUCAAGGACAGUGAGGGCAGCGGCAGGGAGGGCGGUGGGGGCACGGCGGGGCGAGGGGGGUUGCUGGAUGCGGAGGAGAUGGCGGAGCUGGCAGGCAGCAUUGGGGGCAGCGGGCGGUGGUUGGACGAGCUGAGGAAGGGGGAGAGCAUGCGCAGCGAGGGGGGCGGUAGUGAGGGGGGCAGUGAGGGCGGGUUGAGCCUGUCGGAGAGAGCGAUGGAGUUGAUCAGAGUGGGGUCCGCGGGUAGCUUGGGGGCGCGCGGAGGGGAGGUGGCGGGUGGGGAGGUGGAGGUGCGUGUGCAGAUGGCGGUGGAGCGAGAGACAUCUGCGCUCAAGGAGGAACUCGCACGGAGAAAGGGCGAGCAGCUGGCGGGGCUGACGCUGAGGGAGCUGAUGGCUCUGGAGGCGGACAUGGAAACAGCCCUCACCAAACUCGAGGUCGCUAAGAUGCGAGUGCGGGCGGAGGGCAGCAGCACCAGUGGCUCUGAGAUAGACCCGACUGCGAGGACUGCGCCCGAGAUGCUGACCUGUGCGCCACGUGCUUAG